AUGGCUGCACUGGGUAAUAAGCUGAUUGAAUCUUUUAAGGACCAGCUUCACUGUGAUGUAAAUAUCAAACUUAGAGAUGGGGCAAUUCAUGCCCAUAGAAUAGUGUUGGUUUUGGGUUCAGAUUGGUUUAAGGCACGACUCAGUGAGAAUUGGGAGUCAGCAUCCAAUGUCAUCACUUGUGAUAUACACUCUACAGAUGUGACAAAAUCCAUGAUAGAAUUUUUGUACACUUCUCAUAUUGAUACUUCGAUUGAAAAUAUAGAGGAAAUUUACCAAGUUGCAGAUUAUUAUGGUGUGGAAGACUUGAUUCAGAGGUGUAUAAACUUCAUGCAGGAAAGCAUAUCCAUCAAGAAUUCACUGAAGAUUCUUUUGAUAGCACACAACAACCAAAUUGCUACCACAAAGACACAAUGCCUUCAGUUUGUAGACAUCCACAUGGAAGAUCUUUUUGGCUCAGCUGCAGUGGAUUUUUUCGAAUUGCCCCUUGGUCUAUUGAUUGACAUUAUCAGAAGAGAGAGUCUCUGUGUCUUUUCCAGAACAUCAACCUGUGGAUAA